AUGCAAAGAUGUUGAAUGCCAAAGCCAUGCAUUAAACCGGGAAUGAUGGAGUGUCACCAAAAAGAGGAAUGACAUGAUCGUACUUCUUUCGAUGGAGCAUUUGACUUUCCCGAGUUCAAGAAAGAUGUAUAGAUCUAGAAACCACCGUUGAAUCUAUUUAUAGCUAAGUAGUUGUGAUCCACGGAGCCUUAUGAGAAUUGGAAAGAUCCGUGCAUGGUAAUUUCAGCCUUGCUGCAAGGCUGGCAGUACCAUCUCUCCACGUGGAACGGGGAAAUCAUCGGCCUUCAUAUAAUCUGUUGAGUAGGAGCUCCAUGAAUCUUAACAUCAACCAAUAUGAAGUAUGUCCACAACACGCUUGACCUUCCUCUAUCCCACCCUCUUUCGUGCAAUUCGAGCUAGCGAACCUAUUACUCCAAGAGUACGAAUACAAUCCAGACGAGCAUCUCGCCCACAACGACCGAGACAAUUUUGCACAACGCAGAGUAGGAGGGAUGUCUUUGUGCAAAGACAUGGAAAAGCCGUAGAGCCUUUCCUGAAAGAGGGAGAGAAUGAAAGUAAUGUGAAAGUUUUUUUACCGGAGAAAGAAGUCGAGGAGGAAGAAGAGGAGGAGAAUACGAAGGGCGCGAAAGUGGGGAGGGAGUCACAGAAAAGCAGCAAACCAAAAGACAAUGAUGGAAUCGCAGAAAGGGGCCCUUCAUCUGCAUCGCCAUUAUCAGAAGAAACGCAAGCUGCUUCAACAACAGCUGGAGAUCCUGGAGUUACGGCUAGAUCUACUACCGCUCAAGGACCAGAACAAUUGACACCCCGUCAACAAGCUGCUGUGAAUACUGGGAAGAUGGCACCGCUGGAAACGGUAUUACAUAUGCCACCACCUGAGUCUGCCGAAGUUCAAAAUUCAUUAAAACCACCACAUUUACAGACACCACCUUAUGUUCAUCAUUUCGACACAUAUGCUUUAGUUCAGCAGGUUCAGCAAGGGGGGUUUACAAAAGAUCAGAGCAUUACUUCUAUGAAAGCAGUGAGAGAAUUGUUGGCGCUUAACUUGGAUGUUGCGAAAGAGGGUUUAGUUAGCAAGAGCGAUGUAGAAAACGUUAGUAAAAUAUUUGUCUAUUGUCACAUAUUUACUGACCCUUAAUCCCUAGGAAACCUACCUAUUCCGCGCUGCAUGCUCAGAAUUGAAAGCCGAAAUACAGAAUAAUCGUAAAGCAAACGAGGAGAAGAUGCGCCGGGAACGGACAUUGCUGCAACAUGAAGUUGACAUAUUGAAUCAAAAGCUUACUCAAGAGCUACUCAUCCUCAAAGAUGAUUUGAAAGGAAUGUUCGACGAUCGUAAAAUGACUGUACGACAAGAACAACGUACAAUGGAAACUGGAGUAUGCACCCUUUAUUCUCACCUUCACAAUGACUAACAAAACCACAGAUCCAAGAACUAAACUACAAAAUCACUGUCAUGCUAAACAGCGACGCGAAAUCCGAAAUAGAAGGGCUUCGAUGGGUCCUCACACGAAGAUCAGUAAUGGGAAUAUUAUUCAUGGCAUUCAUGGUCCUAACAAGCCUAAGAUACGCAAGCUACAAGGCUCACGAGCACGAGGAAAGAAGAAGAAAAGAAGCAGAAAUCCAUACGAAACACGAUGAACAUAUUCAGGAUUUACCAUCCCAAGGAGCAGCGGAGAUAUUAGCUGCUAACUAGAAGGCUGUGAUGUGAUGUGAUGGGAUGGGAUGGUAUGGGUCGAUUGUUGAUGUUUGAGAUACCUUGUAUAUGUUGUUGUUGCUGCUGCGCUGCAUUUUUGAAUUUUUUUCAUGAAUUGUAUGAGUAUACCCGACAUAUAAAUUUAUACCUGGUACCUACCUACCUAUCUAUAUAACAUUUUCCUGCUUUGGUACUAGUUAGUGUC